AGCAAUGCGCCACGUUAAUUCAUGGACCGCCACCCAAACCCAACUCGAUCAAAAUCCUAUCGAGCAUUCGCCAUCACCCUCCAUUUUUAAGACACGCUUUUUUGGCUAACUUGUCCGGUUGUCAUGCUAAAAUGCCACUCAAUUCGACUACUUGUGCACUAAAUGCAGUCGAAUCACAGGCAACUAGAGUAAGACAUGCAUUUUGUGCAUUUUUUAGAGGAGAUGUGAAUUGUCAAGGCAAGCGGACGGAUGUGACUCGAGGAAAUGAAAGACACGUCACGCAUGGAACACGCACUCAAAGAAGAAAGUCGGAAGAUAACGAAGAACUCCCUCACCACCACACAAGAAACUGCUUUCCUGGCAAAACAGUACUAGCGAUUGGGGACCCGUCAAGAAAUGUGAUCGAGAUGAUCUUCAGAUCAGCAACAACCGAUACCACAAAGUAUUCGAUAACCAUAAAACAAGUUAUUAAGCUAAUUAAUUCAAACGAGACACUAGAAAGAUUCGAAAAGUUCAGAGAGGACGUCAAGAACAGAGCUUAUGAUCAUCAUAACAAGCAUCCAAGAAACAUUGUGGAUGGUAACGAGAAGUUAAUGUUUUACGGCACGAAACUCACACAUUCCAAGAAAUUUGGGACAUCAAAGCUUUUUAAAGACAGCAUUUGCAGCAUAAUAAAGCCAGGUUUUUAUGAUCCAAAGAAGAAUGCAGGAAUAUGGUUGACUACAAAUAGUCAAGAUGUUAUAAUUGCUAAUGCAAAUGCAGAGAUGAUGAAAGGGGAGAUGGCUAUCGUGGUUUGUCGAGUAAUUUCAGGAAGAAUUAUGAAUGAUAGUGAUGAAGAGGACUAUGAUUCUAUUGAAGGAGUAAAGCCAAACUACUUGUUUGUAAAAGACACAAGUGCUGUAUUGCCUUGCUUUGUUAUAAUUUUGAAAUGCAGAUACUUCCGCUAAUAUUUUGUAUAGUGUGGACUGUUUUUAUAUAUGAGAUUAUAAUGAAUAAUUUAUGACUUACUUUCUCA